CUUCUUGAAUCAGGCUUCCAUCUCUGUAUGAAAGUCUUGAUUUCAAAUUUCACACUCAAAUUAUUAAAUCAUCACCAUAGCCAAAACCACAUUUUGCACGAAAAUUUCUUAAAACAAUGAAAUCAAUGAAUUCCAGAAUUUCCCAUUCUCUAUCUUUGUCUCACAAAAACAGAGCAAUAAUCUCUUCUUGGUUUUCUUCCCAAACCCAAAUUCAUAAACAUUUCCCUCAGAAAACAUUUUUCAAACCAAACACCAAAGACAAUCUAGUAAACCAAUUACAUAAUUUAUGCAACCAGAAACGCUUAAAAGAAGCUAUUCAAAUCCUCAAUCAAAUCGAAAAACCCCCAGCUUCUCUCUACUCGACUCUUAUCCAGCUUUGUUGCCAAAACAGAGCUCUUAACGAGGGCAAAUCAGUUCACCAACAUAUAAAAAUUUCUGGGUUUUUACCCGGGUUAGUUAUUUGUAACCGUCUUUUGGAUAUGUACGCCAAGUGCGGGAGUUUAGUAGAUGCCCAGAAUGUUUUCGAUGAAAUGAGUGAAAAGGAUUUGUGUUCUUGGAACACUUUGAUAUCUGGGUAUGCUAAAAUGGGAAUGCUUAAAGAAGCAAACAAGUUGUUUGAUGAAAUGCCUGAAAGAGAUAAUUUCUCGUGGACCGCGAUGAUUUCGGGUUAUGUCCGAUUUGAUAGGCCUAAAGAAGCUUUGGAGCUUUACAGAAUGAAGGAAAUGAGCAUGGUUUCUAAGUUGGAUAAAUUUACUGUGUCUAGCGCGAUAGCUGCUUCUGCUGCUAUGGGGUGUUUAACUACAGGGAAGGAGAUUCAUGGUCGUAUAAUGCGAGCUGGGUUGGAUUUAGAUGAGGUUGUUUGGAGUGCUUUGAUGGAUAUGUAUGGGAAAUGUGGGAGUAUAGAGGAAGCAAGGCGGGUUUUUGAUAAGAUGGUGGAUAGAGAUAUUGUGUCUUGGACUGCAAUGAUUGAUAGGUAUUUUGAGGAUGGGAGGUGGGAAGAAGGGUUUGAAUUGUUUUCGAAGUUGAUGAAAUCGGGGAUAAGGCCUAAUGAGUUUACGUUUGCUGGGGUUUUGAACGCGUGUGCUGAUCAUGCUGUGGAGGAAAUAGGGAAGCAGGUUCAUGGAAGCAUGACAAGGCUUGGUUUUAAUCCUUUUUCUUUUGCUGCUAGUGCUCUUGUUCACAUGUACACCAAGUGUGGAAAUGUUGAGAAUGCCAAAAGGGUGUUUAAUGGGAUGCCCCUGCCUGAUUUAGUUUCAUGGACUUCUUUGAUCACUGGAUAUGCUCAGAAUGGUCAGCCUGAAGAGGCUUUGGAGUACUUCGAGUUGUUACUUAAAUCAGGAACCAAACCUGAUCACAUUACUUUUGUUGGGGUUCUUUCUGCUUGUACACAUGCUGGAUUGGUUGAUAAAGGGCUAGAAUAUUUCCACUCAAUAAAGGACAGACAUGGAUUAACCCAUACUGCUGAUCAUUAUGCUUGUAUAAUUGAUUUAUUGGGCCGCUCUGGCCGAUUUCAGGAAGCUGAGAAUAUCAUCGAUGAGAUGCCUAUGAAACCAGAUAAGUUUUUGUGGGCUUCCUUACUUGGUGGUUGUAGAAUUCAUGGAAACCUUGAAUUGGCAGAAAGAGCAGCUGAAGCAUUGUUUGAGAUAGAGCCUGAAAAUCCAGCGACCUAUGUUACUAUGGCCAACAUAUAUGCCACUGCUGGAAGGUGGGAUGAAGUAGCAAAAAUCAGAAAGAAAAUGGAUGACAAAGGAGUGGUAAAGCAACCAGGUUUGAGCUGGAUUGAGAUCAAGAGAGAGCUACACGUUUUCUUAGUGGGAGAUACUUCUCACCCAAAAUCUAAGGAAAUACAUGAGUUCUUAGGUAAACUUUCAAAGCGAAUGAGGGAAGAAGGAUAUGUCCCUAACACCAAUUUUGUGCUGCAUGAUGUGGAGGAGGAGCAGAAGGAGCAAAACCUUUCAUACCACAGUGAGAAGUUAGCAGUUGCAUUUGGAAUUAUUGCUACUCCUCCAGGAACACCAAUCAAGGUUUUCAAGAAUUUGAGAACAUGUGUAGAUUGCCAUAAUGCCAUUAAAUAUAUUUCAAAGAUUGUUGACAGAAAAAUAACUGUAAGGGAUUCAAAUCGGUUCCAUUGCUUUGAGGAUGGGAGCUGUUCUUGUAGAGACUAUUGGUGAUAUAGGCAAAACCUUCAUUAGACAAUUUUCACCAGGCCUAAAAUGCUGCAGCCUUUCAAUGCAAUUUUUGACUGUAGAAAGGCCAUUGCUUAUACAAUAAUAGAAAAUAAUAAGUUAUGGCAUAUUGAAACUGAUAAGAUAUUCCAGCAUCAGGAACACAGUGUAUCUUUACUAAGUACCUUGUUUGAUCUGUGGAUAUACCUUCUAAUGAUAAAUUUUGGUGGUAGUUUCAUAUUUUCCUGAGGGAACCCAAGUAAAAGUAUUCUUUCUGGUAUUCUGAACUGGUAGUAGGCAUUUGCUCCACUUGGCUAUCUUGUUGACAAACCUGUUAUUGGGUUGAUCAGUUGAAUCCUCUAAAUGUUCAAGUUAAAUCUGAAUGUUACUUCAUUAUUUUAUGGAGCUGAAAUUGUCCAUACCACCAAGUUUUACUGUGGCAGUGUAGCUUCUAUAAUUUUGCUUGAGUGAAAAAGAGAUAUUUGAAGAUGCCUUGUUCAGCUGCACCAGGAAACCUCCCCAUCAUUUUUGAAAAUGCCAUCAGUCCUUGAUGCAGUUGCAUACUUGCAUUAUUUCCAUAAUGUUUGGAAUCACUGACGGGAGUAAGUUAACGUAUUUCAUAGAUGGACAUGAAAUUAGUGGUCGCAUCAUGUGCCUGUAGAAAACCCCCAUAUAGCUCUCUAGCUGCAGCUGCAAAAUCAUCGUUCCUAACACCAGAUGCCGUUGCUACCUCACCACAGCAAAAUUCCUAUAAGGAGCAAGUUGAAGAUUUUGGUUGGCAAGCUCUGAUGCUUCACUUGGUAACUUUUAUAGGGAAUAUUGU